CACAAGAAUGUGAUACAGGCUCGACGGCCGCCAUUUUCUUUCUUUCUUAGCAGUUGGCUGAGGGAAGGUCUCUGCGAAGAAGCGGCAGCGGCCACUAUAGCGUAGACAUGGCAGACUACUCAACAGUGCCUCCACCUUCUUCUGGUUCAGCUGGUGGUGGAGGCGGCGGCGGUGGUGGUGGAGGAGUUAACGAUGCUUUCAAAGAUGCGCUGCAGAGAGCACGGCAGAUUGCAGCAAAAAUUGGAGGUGAUGCUGGUACAUCACUGAAUUCAAAUGACUAUGGUUAUGGGGGACAAAAAAGACCUUUGGAAGAUGGAGAUGGCUCUUGGACAAGUCCGAGCAGUACAACACACUGGGAGGGAAUGCCCUCUCCUUUUAAAGAUCAACCAGAUGCUAAGAAAGUUGCUCCUCAAAAUGACUCUUUUGGAACACAGUUACCACCGAUGCAUCAGCAGCAAAGGUCUGUAAUGACAGAAGAAUACAAAGUUCCAGAUGGAAUGGUUGGAUUUAUAAUUGGCAGAGGUGGUGAACAGAUCUCACGCAUACAACAAGAAUCUGGAUGCAAAAUACAGAUAGCUCCUGACAGUGGUGGCCUUCCAGAAAGAUCUUGUAUGCUAACGGGAACACCUGAAUCUGUCCAAUCAGCAAAACGGUUAUUGGACCAGAUUGUUGAAAAAGGAAGACCAGCCCCUGGCUUCCACCAUGGUGAUGGACCAGGAAAUGCAGUUCAAGAAAUCAUGAUUCCAGCUAGCAAAGCAGGAUUAGUUAUUGGAAAGGGGGGAGAAACUAUUAAACAACUUCAGGAGCGGGCUGGAGUUAAAAUGGUUAUGAUUCAAGAUGGACCUCAGAACACUGGUGCUGACAAACCUCUUAGGAUUACAGGAGACCCAUACAAAGUUCAGCAAGCCAAGGAAAUGGUGUUAGAGUUAAUUCGUGAUCAAGGUGGUUUCAGAGAAGUUCGAAAUGAGUAUGGGUCAAGAAUAGGAGGAAAUGAAGGGAUAGACGUCCCCAUUCCAAGAUUUGCUGUUGGCAUUGUAAUAGGAAGAAAUGGAGAGAUGAUAAAAAAAAUACAAAAUGAUGCUGGUGUUCGAAUUCAGUUUAAGCCAGAUGAUGGAACAACACCUGAUAGAAUAGCGCAAAUAACGGGACCUCCAGACCGAUGUCAACAUGCUGCAGAAAUUAUUACAGACCUUCUUCGAAGUGUUCAGGCUGGUAAUCCUGGUGGACCUGGACCUGGUGGUCGAGGAAGAGGUAGAGGUCAAGGCAACUGGAACAUGGGACCACCUGGUGGACUACAGGAAUUUAAUUUCAUUGUACCAACUGGGAAAACUGGAUUAAUAAUAGGAAAAGGAGGUGAAACCAUAAAAAGCAUAAGCCAGCAGUCUGGUGCAAGAAUAGAACUUCAGAGAAAUCCUCCACCUAAUGCAGAUCCUAAUAUGAAAUUAUUUACAAUCCGUGGCACUCCACAGCAAAUAGACUAUGCGCGGCAACUUAUAGAAGAAAAGAUUGGUGGCCCAGUAAAUCCUUUAGGGCCGCCUGUACCCCAUGGGCCCCAUGGUGUCCCAGGUCCCCAUGGGCCUCCUGGGCCUCCAGGGCCUGGAACUCCAAUGGGACCAUACAACCCUGCACCUUAUAAUCCAGGACCACCCGGCCCUGCUCCUCAUGGUCCUCCAGCUCCUUAUGCUCCCCAGGGGUGGGGAAAUGCAUAUCCACACUGGCAGCAACAGGCCCCUCCUGAUCCAGCUAAGGCAGGAACGGAUCCAAAUUCAGCAGCUUGGGCUGCCUAUUAUGCUCACUAUUAUCAACAGCAAGCACAGCCACCACCUGCAGCUCCUGCUGGUGCACCAACUACAACCCAAACCAAUGGACAAGGAGAUCAGCAGAAUCCAGCUCCAGCUGGACAGGUUGAUUAUACCAAGGCUUGGGAAGAGUAUUACAAGAAAAUGGGUCAACAAGGGCAGACACAAGAUUAUUCAAAAGCUUGGGAGGAAUAUUACAAGAAGCAAGGUCAAGCAGUUCCUGCUCCUACUGGUGCUCCACCAGGUGGUCAGCCAGAUUAUAGUGCAGCCUGGGCUGAGUACUAUAGACAACAAGCAGCGUACUAUGCCCAGACAAGUCCCCAGGGAAUGCCACAGCAUCCUCCAGCACCUCAGGGCCAAUAAUAAGAAGUGGACAAUACAGUAUUUGCUUCAUUGUGUGGGGGAAAAAAACCUUUGUUAAAUAUAUGGAUGCAGACGACUUGAUGAAGAUCUUAAUUUGUUUUUGGUUUAAAAUAGUGUUUUUUUUUUUUUUUGAAAAUGUACAAAAUAUCUAUCACUACUGAUAGGAGGUUAAUAUUUCUGUGUAGAAAUGAAAAUUGGUUUGUUUUUAGUAUUUAGUGUAGAUGUACACAUUCCAGCAAAUGUAUUUGCAACUAUUAUGUGGUCAAUGCUUUGUGAUAUAAAUGUACUUUUUCAAUGUAUACUUUCACUUUUAAAAUGCCUGUUUUGUGCUUUACAAUAAAUGAUAUGAAACCUCCUGUGUCGGUAAGUUGGAUAUGUGGGUAUUUAAAGGAUUCAUAAUUUCUUAGCAAUGAUAAAUUAAGAUACAUAUACACAAAUAUAUAAGCUUUCCCCAUGAAAUAUUAAUUGAGUUUUUAAACACUGGCAUGUUUUUUCCCCCUUGCAGUAUAGUAGUAGAUUGGAGGAUCUUUUCCAUUUAUUGUAUUUGGCUGUUUCAGCACAAGUAAUCCUGAUAUCUUCAUUUUUUUUUCCUUCUGUUUGAUUAAAACCUGCAUGUGUGUACAAUGAUCUUUUGGCAUACUUCCAUUGCAUUAACAGUGAAAUUUCCUUUUAUACAUGACCACUGUUUCAGAUCUGUACUGCUGCUAUAACAGUUAACCUUUCUGUUCUUAAUUUAAUAAUUACUUGAUUUCCAAGACUGUUUCAGCAUAACUAAUUUUAAACAGUUUUCGGAUAGUGAAUAUGAGUAGUUGAUUAAGAAGUUUUUCAUGUAAAGAAACUUUCAAUGUAUACAAUAUUAGUGUGUUUCUUUUUAAAUUUAGGGUAGAAAAGUGAAUAGUAUGCAAAAAGUAUAGCUACAGUGCAUCUACCAUUGAAACAUUAUUGGGGUAUGGAAAUGUUCAAGCUUUUUUCUUUCUUUUUUUUUUUCUUUUUGCAGUAUAGAUAAGCUUUGUUCUGUAAAUGCACAAGUCCAAUCAUUGAAUCAACUUAAAUUUUUUAUGUACUUGAAAUCACUUUAUUACUCUAUAACACUCAUGCUGAAGUUCUGAUAUUUUGUUGAAAUCCAUUGUUUACUCUUUGCAUAUUUGUUGGCUCUUUGCAUAUUAAUAUAUUAGACUACAUGCAAAUACAGUCUGUCUUGCCAUUGUCUGUUGAAGUGCAGGUUUGAUCCAGCCAGUAUAGAACUAGCUCUGUAGGGGUGAGGAGGACUGUGCUGUGUAUCAUCCUUGAUUGUGUUCCUUCAAGGAGCAUUGCACUUGCCUUCCCAGACCUUCCACCUUAGGUUCUGCUGCAAAAAGCAACAGUGCUGAAGAUGCUGCAAGCACCAAAUCAUAGCUCAUAAAAUCAGGUCCUGAGAUAGUUACCCAUAAAGAGGAAUCCUUUGAGUGUAUGCCAUUGGUGAGCCGAUGAGCAUGGACCAUAGAAGGGCUCAAUGUAGAAGGUAAAAUUGGCAAAUCAUAAUUGAGAAAUAUGAAAUGUAUUCCCAUACAUAAUAUGGUAUAGGGUGUAAUGUACCUGCUUUUGAUCACUUUUCAUUUUAAAGUGCUAUUCGCUUGAUCUUAAAUGUUCCAUGAACUGUUAAAUUUUGUAAGUUAUAUAGUUACUGCACCACAUUUAUGUGUGUGUAUGUAUUAUUUUAAUAGUCAAUGAUAGGUAUGUUAAGACUGAUAAUACAAAGGAGCUCUUUGAACCUUAAGAGCCUGUCAAGUUUUGGUUAGUUGUAGUUUGCAUUUUUAUAAAAUAUAGAUGAAUGCUAAUAGAUAAUUGGGGCAUUGUUUCUAUAUCAAGAGUUUUUUUUUAUUCAUUACCAUAAGCCUUCACUGAUACUGCAUUUUUUUAAAUGGCGCUAAUCUUAACCUUGAAAUAAAUGGAAAGCGGAAAAGGUGAGCCAGUUGACUUGAAUGCAAUGGAUGUUAGGAGUGGUAGAAACAAUGUUUAGAUUGAAAUUGAACUGAUUUAUUUUAUUUAGCACUUAAAAACUUGACAAUGUGUUUCAUUUUUUAAAGAUAUUUUAGUGUGGUGUUAUGUAGAAUUCUUAUGGUUUGAUGUUUCUUUUAGAAAUGAAAAGUAUACUUUUAUUUUUAACUAAUGAAAAUGGUUUUAAUACUAAAACUAGUGAUUUGAUACUAGUUGUUUAUAAACAUAAAAUAUUUCCUUAGACAAAUACCUUGGUAGUUAAUUCAUAAGGGUGGGUUUGGGUAGGAGUAGCAGAGUACCUUAAGAGGGAAAUAGGAAUAUAUGCAGAAGUGAUAACAUUUGUUUGAAUACUCUGCCAGGAGAACCAGCUCUAUCUGCAAACAUCUGUUGUCUAGAAUAAGGAUGUAGAAAUGAUCAAUGAGGAUGUCUUUUUAUUUUCUGAAAAUUCUGCCUCAUUUUAAAAUGUAUUUUAACAAUACUAAAGAUAAUUUUGACUCUGAAAAUAACAUUUUUUGUUUAGUCACUUGAGUUUUCUUGCCACAGUAUAAAUUUGAGGGAUUUUUUUAAAUUGGUGCUUUUAAGAAGCAAAUCCGAAGGUUUUAUUUUCUUCAAUGAUAGCCCUAUAGAAACUCUUAAAUGUAUUUGCGCAUAUAUAUAUAUAUUUUUUCUUAUGCAUGCUCGAUGCAUUUUCGUCCUGAGAAAAGUGUUCUCUACAGAAACUACCCGUGUGUAAAAAGAAGAUUGGCUUAAAAUGGCUACUGUGAUGGGAACAGUGUCUUAGGGAGAUGCAGCUUGGACUUGAGGUAAAUUGAAUACUUUACAAACUGUGGUUUAGAGUUUGCUUUAAUGACAUUGUAUGUAAAAGGGCACAUGAUUGCUGUAAUUUUGUAUUGAUUAUGGUUUCCUCAAUAAAAAAAAUAAAUGUACAUUGAUCAAUA